GUCAGUCGAAACGGCAACUAGGAACUUAAGCGGGAAAUCACCAAAUCAAGAAUGAACAAUGAACAAUAACAACAUGUCCAAAAUAAACGACAAGUUUCCUGAAAGUCGGAAAUCUUUUUUAGAGCUUGGAAAACUGCUCAAAUGUGAAGCAUGCCAAAUGCUGGCAUGCAAUCCACAUGUUCUGGGAGGAUGUGAUCACAUAUUCUGUCUGUCUUGUGCCAAUCUUCAUUCUGGUAAACCAUGUCCAAAAUGUGGAAUUUUUUCAGAACCUGGCAUCUGUAGACCAGAUCUCAAAAUUGAGAAUCUUCUCAAAGCUUACCUACCAAUGGCCAAGUUUCUUGGAAUUGAUGUAACAGAUACGUGUGAAAAUGAUGUUGUCAACAACAAUGAAUCAAGUGUAAAACCUGUCGCAAUAACACCAUCAGCUGCAAGCCGAUCCUCUAAAUCAUCUAAAAAUGUAAUGAAAACUGAAAAUUUUGCCAGUCCAGUUCAAAUUGUAAAGAAGCGUGAAAGGGCUGUAAGCCUCAAUGAGAGCCUCAAUAGUACCAUCAGUGGAACACCUGCAUCGAAGAUAAACAAGCGUAAUCAAAAAGGGGAAACUUUGCUGCAUGUGGCCUGUCUCAAGCUGGACAUUCAAAAAGUCAAGGAACUUUUAGGGCUUGGGGUUAAUACAAACACACAGGAUAAUGCUGGGUGGACUCCAUUGCAUGAAGUAGUGAGUUCUGGGAAUGAAGCGCUUGUGACUCUGCUUUUGGAAAAUGGUGCAAACCCCAAUAUUCCUGGUGGGCAUAAUGAAACUCCUCUUCACGAUGCCGUUGCUAGCAAACAAACAGCUAUUGUCCGACUUCUUGUGUCGUAUGGCGCCGAUGUGAAUGCUCGGAAUAGUCGAGGUCUCACUCCAAAGGACAUGUAUUCAAAAGCGGACGAAGACAUGAAAGCUGCUCUCGAGUCUUCCACGAUUGUUCAUUCAACACACAGCUAUGCCGAAAGGACAACUUCACAGAUAAUACAGCUUUUUGUACUCAACCCGGAAAAAAAGUCUCAGCCAAGACUCAAUAAACUUGCUCGCACACUCAGUUUCAAGUUGGUUUCAACUUACUCGAGUCAAGUGACUCAUGUCGCUCUGCGCUUGGAUGAUCCUAGCAACGUCAUCAAGGCUAACCCGCAUUUCUAUUCUGCAGUUCUCCAGGGACACUUCAUCGUCGAUUUUAAAUGGAUAGAGGAAAGCGAGAAGCUGGAACGCUUAACAGAUCCAUAUCUACACGAAAUUGACGGGACUUUGAGUCGUGCACCAUCAGACGGAGCCCCAGGCCGGUUGAAUAUCGCCAAUCAGCUCCCAGGCUUAUUCAACAAUUGUUUCUUCUAUCUCAACGGCAUUUUCUCUACGCCUAGUAAAGCCGACAUUACUCAAUGGAUAAGGCACGGUGGAGGUACAGUGUUAACACGCAGUCCAAAUCCAGAAUGUAUCCUUCCGGGUGAGAAGAUACCUUAUCACGCUGCACCAAAAGGUCUUUUGGCUCAAUGCUCUCAUUUCAUUCUGUAUGAUUUAAACGCCAAAACGCAGCCUUCUCUCAAGUACAACAUGUCACACGUUAAGACACUAUCUGUGGAUUGGCUUGUCGCCUGUAUAGAGAAUUUUCUCCUGGUUGAUCCUUUCGAUUUCUGACGUUGUUUAGUCCAGACACACGCUUUUUAAUUCAUGUAAAAUUUGAGGUUUUUCUUAUUAAUGAAAUGCUCAAUUAAUAAAAACUUUUUUGGCGUUUAAAAA